AGUCCUCUUGGAAUUUCUACUCCUGGAGGAAUGGGAGGGCCGGCGGUGACCGGGCCCUGCUGGGUGACCGGUGGCUGGACCCCCUCAGACCCUACUGCCCGCCAAGGAGUGACCAGCAGCUGUCUGGCGUUUGCUUCCUUGGCAAAAUAAACUUGGUUCUUCAAAGAGCUGUGAACGUUGAUAAAAACUAGGAUAGGAAAAGGGAGUGUGUGUUUGCUUUUAGAUGGCACAUUUGAUGUUACAGCGAUGUUUGAUUUUCCGUUUCAGAGAAAAGAAGCCAAGAAAACACAGUGGGGACCAUGAGAACCUGAUGAACGUGCCUUCGGACAAGGAGAUACUCAGCCGGUCAGUUACGAGCCUGGCCACAGACGCUCCUGCCAGCAGCGAACAGAACGGAGCACUCACCAACGGAGACAUUCUCUCAGAAGACAGCACCGUGACCUGCACGCAACCCUACGAGGAGGUGCAGACCUCGGCGUCGGACCUGCUGGACUCCCAGGACAGCACGGGAAAGCCAAAGUGUCCUCAGGGCCGGGAGCUGCCGAGAAUUCCUCCCGACAGCGAGGUGGACACGAUGGUCAGUGCGACCAGCGUGGACGGGGACCCCGGGAUGGGGAUGGAAGGGCCGUAUGAAGUGCUCAAGGAGAGCGCCUCCCAGGACAACAUCGUGGAGGACUGCCUGUAUGAGACCGUGACGGAAAUUAAGGAGGUGGCCCCAGCCGCGGCCCCGGGCAAGGGCCCCAGCAACCGGCCCAAGUCCACUCCGGCUUUGAAAGAGCUUCCGGGGCCCCAAGCCGAGGGCACAGCCACCUUUGCUGAAUACGCCUCCGUGGACAGAAACAAGAAGGCUCUGCCAAGUGCGAACACACAGAGUGUCCUUAGAAAGCCACGGGAGCCGGACGAGGAGGCCCCGCCGCCCGUGCCCGUGAAACUCCUGGAUGAGAAUGAAAACCUGCAGGACGAGAGGAAGGCGGGGGAAGGCGGCGCCCCCGAGGGGACCAGUGAAACCAACAAGAGAUUUAGUUCACUGUCAUACAAGUCCCGGGAAGAGGACCCAUCUCUCACAGAAGAAGAGAUCUCGGCCAUGUAUUCAUAUGUACACAAGCCUGGACAGUCCGGGGGACAGUCGCUGAAAGUCCCCGAGUCCAGCUGCACCUCCAGCCCGGGAGCUGCUCAGAGGUCCCCCUCCUCCUGUAGCGACCUCUAUGCCACCGUUAAGGACUUGGAGAAAACUCCCAACAGCAUCAUCCCAUUUCCCCUGGCGGGGAGGCCCCAGGAGGGGCUGGAGCCUGACUAUGAAGCAAUACAGACUCUGAACAGAGAGGAAGACAAGACCACCCUGGAAACCAACGGCCACCCUGGCCCGAAGGAGAAUGACUACGAGAGCAUCGGGGACUUGCAGCAAUGCAGAGAUGUCACCAGGCUCUAGCAGCCCCAAACAGCCGAGGACCGGCUGGCCGGGGCACAUCUCUUCCGCGGACGAGCAGGAGCGGUACUUCCUAUGCUUGACAUGCUGCUUUCAUGAACUGAGGAUAGCGGGGACGCCGGAACCAUUUCUCAGCCUCGGGGACAGUGAGGGACGCACCUGGCUGUGUCCCAGGGUGCCCUGCCUGUCGGGCACGGCCAUGUCCAAGCACAUCAGCCCCAUGACGCCCCGCACCCUCGGGACAGGUCCCAACUGCAGGGGAAGAACGGCUCCCGCCAAGAACCACAGCCCCACCUGCCUAAAAUACUGCCAUUCUGAAGAGCCAGGCCUCCCUUCCUGCCUUCCCCUGAGGCUGUCUGCUCUCUCCCCUUGAACUCUUCCCAAUUCUGACGGUUCAUUCCAAGGCAAUUCUCCCAAAAGGCUUAACCAGCCAGGUAGGUGUUUUAAGACGGUGAGAAACCCCAGAUGCUGGUGCCAUUUGCUCACCGAUCGCCUUCUGGGGCGUCCCCCGGAGUGACUUAGGUUUUCACGCCUUCUGAUUUGGGCAUGUUACGUCAACAGCUUCCCCCCAAAGUACCUGCAAUCACUUUUAGAUGCUUUUAUUUUUUGUAAUCAAAACAUUCCCACCUGCCCCCCACUCGCCGCUGCCCACCCGCCCCAGUAUUUGAAACUCUUCAGAACCUUUGCAGUAUUUUCCACGGAUGUUGUAGUCCCUCUAUACUUGUUUUAGCCCAGAUCUCAUUCCUCUAGAAGGGAGAGCCUUAAUCUCUACGCUGGGAUACACAUAUGGACGGCGUCCGUGGCGUCCGUCCCUGAGGCGCUGUGGACUGGGGAUGUGUAUGUGUUUCUGACAUCUCGGCGGCCACACCAGCAGUGUGGACUUCCUAAGUUACCUGCUGCCCUACGGUAAUCUAUCUGAGAUUCAAAUGGAAACAUUUAUUUUUGUUAUAUAAAUUUAUAAGAUGUUUUAUGUUUAACGCCUGAUUUCUCGAAAGUGCCAGGAAAAAAAAAUGUAUAUUAACUAUUUUGAUUUUAUGUACACUGAUUUAUAGCCUCCCUUUGAAAAGACGUCCUAAAGCACAUAAGCUUAGGUAGUUCUAAGUCGUUAUCAUUUUUCUAACCACGUGUUUAAGAUAUUGAAGGUUUUUAAAGGCUCAGCUCUUCAAACGGUACUGGGAACUCUUCGUCCAAACCACCUGGCUCCCUGGAAAAAUAAGCAGAGAAUAAUGAAAAUGAUCAUUUUCGGUGGUUUGUGGUGAGCAAUGUUGAAAAAUUUGCAAUGAUGAGAAAGGAAAGAACAAAACCUGCCUAAGGGUGACUGUGAAUUACGAACCUUACGAAGGUACAACCCCUAUAGUUGAGUUACAUGUUUAGGGAAACGGUGGUGGGUUCUGCAGUCCAGCGUGUGCAAAUGCAAAUUAUCUGCUGGGAUUUUUUUUUCCACCCCCUUCAUUUUACAAAAAUCAGUAUUUGAAAUAACUCAGAUCGAGAGAUCACUGGUUUGGAUGUAACCAUCUCCUUAGAUUUUUAUAAGGCCAACUCUGGGAAACUUGUUCACUUUUCCUUUUGAAAGAGACCCUGUUGAAAUGUUGUGCAGUGUGGGUUACAGAAAGAGUGCUCUCCUGCCCUGUUCAAGAAAAAGAGAGAGAGAGAGAAGCAAUUAUUCUCUACCGCUGUGACAUCUGUGACUUUCCAGAUGGAAUAAUCUUCCUGUUUUCACUCAUUGUGACAAAGAAUGUGAUUGGGAGGGUGAGGCGUCUUGAAAAUUGUGGGGAACAGCUCCCUGGCAUGUGUCCCCAUCCCUUGCAUUCAUGGCAUGAUUUGGUGACCAACCUGUACCAUGUUUCUGAAACUGUAAAGUGAGCCUGUUGGGUAAACUGGUUGGUUGUCAUUAUUUUCCAAUCGGCCUGGUCUCCCGCGUGAAGGCUUCGUGGGCGUGAGGAGUCACCGGCGAUUAGAAGAUAAUGGCAGAAAACCCUCUCAUCGGGAGUCCAUGGGGAAGGGCCAGGGGUCUUGGCCUCUGAAUCCAUAUCCUUCAAAAGCACUGUUUCGCCUGGCGAUUUUCACGAGGUUGACCCAACAUUCUCUCCGUCAUGGGGUUCCUUUAGUGCAUGGUGACAUAGGCAGUUCGCAUUGCACACCUGGCCUUGUGCACGCUCUUGGGAGCGCCCAACUGCUCAAAAGUUUAUUGUAUCUCAUGAUGUCUGACUUAUUGUCAGGGAAGCAGGUGUCAUCUUUGAAGCAUAACACCAUUGCUAGCGAGAGCAGCUGUUUGCAAAUAACCAUAUCCUCUUGAAAUUUCAUUAUCAGAAGUUCCCCCCAGAAGUUUUGAAAUAAAGGCUAUGCACUAUGUCCAUAACCAUGCACGCAAUUGUCCUUCUGGAUCUGAGAGCCCGUGCUAAAAUAAGCUAUGCUCUAAAUUUUCAUAAGGGUACUUUCAAAGGAACUUCAAGCCCUCCAGCACAGAUCCUAAAACAGUAAGUAACAGCCCAGCCCAGGAGGGUCCGAGGGAGGGAGAGUAAACCUCAGGAGAUUUAGACGACUGGUAACUUGGUGAAGUAUAUUUAUUGAUGUAUCUUCUGUUUUUGACCUUAUAUUAACAGUAUUUCAUAAAUGUCAUCACUUUUACUUUAUUGGUUGAAAAUUUGUGCUACAACCUUUGAAUUAGACAGAAGCCUAUGCUUCUUUCAAAAAAAAAAAAAAGGUUUCACCUUGAGUUAAAUGCUACAGAGUUUAAAUGUGUGGAAGGUAAUUAUAAAAAAAAAAGGAAUUUACUGUAUCUUUAAAAUUCAACUUUGACAUCCACAUUAUUGUUCAAUGAUAAUAAUCUAGGUGGUGUGGAAUGAUACAAAAAGACAGAAAUAAGUUUUAGGAAAUUUUUGUUUUGUCUCAGAGAUCAGAAUUAGAAACUUACCUUGCCUACAAAUGUGAUCUUUGUUUUUAUUCAGAAAUUUGGAAAGUGUCGAAGAAAUUUUUCUGCGGCUUCUACUAUUUUCUCAACUAUCGUCAACAGGAAAGUGUAGCCUGUUUUAUGCGGAAUGUUUGAGGAAAUUUUAAAUUCUAGAAGGAAGUCAUUUGGGCAGAUAUAUUUUCCACAUAUAUUUGUUUUCCUCCCCUGCACGAAAUUACAUCAUUAGUUGUAGUGAAGCUUUUGAAGGCACUGGUCUCCUUUGUGGAAAAAAAGGUUAAUUACUGAUUUAUCUGCCCUCAAAAUCCACGUUAAUUCUGAUUGAGUGCAAAUGCACAACAUGCAGUCAGCACAAAGGACUAAAAUUUAACCCCAGCAUGCCUCUGUAUCUAUGUCUCAUUUUCCUAAUGACAGCAUUUACUCACUUUAACCAGUAAUAAGCUACACAUAUAUGAGAUAUGUAUAUGCACACAUACAUACAUAUAUACACAUGUAUAUAUUUGAAGAGAUGUCCUAGGGCUUUAUUAAUUAGGUUGCAUCCUGUCCUGUGUAUCGAGGGUUUAGCCGACUCGUGUGAACACUAUUAUCGUAGAAGCAGGAUUGAAGAGACAAUUCUCCCAUAGUUUUCACUUGCUAAUUACAGCCACACCUUCUGCUUCAGUUGCCCGCAUUUAAUUUUUCUAAGGAAUAAAUUCAGAUGUUAAGUUAUGUCUGUAAUUCUCUGAGCUGAGGAACAGGGAGGGGUGUCCCAGAUUGUUUCAGCAUCCGUGUGACUCGCUAUUUGGUCACCCUGAUGGGAGGAAAUGCAAACAGGUGUCCUCAGCUAGGCGAUGCAUGCGGAACAAGGGCUGAUGCGCCAUGAGGGGGCACAGCAAGGGGACCCCCACAGAAUCCACAGGGUGGCACAGCCUGAUGGGGGAACGUCACGGCUCUGAGAUGAUGGCAGGGAUGUGAGCGCACAGCUCCCAUUCCAGACUGACGUAGGACCUUGUGAAACAAGCAAAGGACCUUUUCUUUCAGUGCUCCCGGUCAUAGCUACCGUGACUCUGUGUGACCCAGUGAUGCCAUUCUUCCGACAGUGUGGAUUCCUGGUCCCCGGCCAGCUUCUCUUUGGCUGCUGGACGCAUAGUAGGUGCUGAUGGGUAUUUCCUGGAAGCCUUCACAGGCUUCUUGUACCGUGUAACUGGGGAAAGUUAAAGUGUAAUGUUCAGUAUUAAUAAGUGACCAAUGUGAAAAUAGGAAUGUGUGUCUGUAAUAUCGACUAUGGCUGUAUUUGCAGUGAAAUCUCAAUCCCUGGUCCUGUGGCAGUGUGUUCUGUCCCUGCAUUGUGCCUUUGCGUGAGUGCGUUCUUUGUGACAGUGGCAUUAGACAAGUUGUGCGCACUUAGACUCCAACUUAAAGAGGUCAGUCCAGAAACCAUGAUACAUUAGAGUUUCCACCAGGAAUUACCAGAGUACACUGAAUAAAAUCAUGGUCCAGAAGAGAACAAACAUUCUUAAGUCUGUGUUUACAGCCAGCCUCUAAUAUACUGGGGGUGCCCAAAAAAUGUAGACAAGUGGGCAUUUUGGUCAACGUCGCUCAAGCAGUAGUUCAC